AUGCCCACCUUUCAGGCCCCCCGGGGUACCGCCGACCGCCUGCCCGAAGAGCAAAAAUACUGGCGCUACAUCGAGUCGCACGCGACCAACGUGGCGCGCCGGUUCGGUUACGGCAGGAUCGACAGCCCAAUGUUCGAGGACGCGCGGCUUUUCGUGCGCGGCGUUGGCGAAGGGACGGACAUCGUCGAAAAGGAGAUGUACGUCUUCGAGGACCGCGGCGGCGACCAGCUCACCCUCCGGGCGGAAGGCACGGCCCCGGUUUGCCGGGCGUACCUGGAACACGGGAUGCACAAUCAGGCGCAACCCGUGCGGAUGUACUACCUGUGCCCGGUGUUCCGCUACGAACGGCCGCAAGCCGGCCGCUUCCGCCAGCACCACCAGUUCGGCGUGGAAGCCAUCGGCGACGGCGACCCGUCGGUGGACGCGGAAGUGAUCGAGUUGGCGUGGACGUUCAUGCACAACAUCGGCCUAUCCGAUAUCACGCUGCUGACCAACAGCAUCGGCGACGGGCAGUGCCGCCCGGAUUACAUCGCCGCCCUGAAGUCCUAUUACCAGAAGCAGACCAGCAACCUGUGCCCGGACUGCCGGCAGAGGCUGGAGCGCAAUCCUCUGAGACUGCUGGACUGCAAGGUGGAGACGUGCCGUGCGCUGGGGGAAGAAGCGCCGAAGUCCGUGGAGUGUCUCUGCGCAGAAUGCCAGACCCACUGGGAUCGGGUCCGCUCGUACCUGGACGCUGCCGGAAUCCCCAACCGGGUGGACCACCGGCUGGUGAGGGGGUUGGACUAUUACACGCGCACCGUGUUCGAGAUCCAGCCGGCGGUUGAAGGCGCGCAGUCGACGAUUUGCGGGGGCGGGCGGUAUGACGCCUUGAUCGAGCAGUUGGGCGGACGGCCCACGCCCGGCAUCGGGUUCGGCAGCGGCAUUGAACGCCUGGCGCUCAACCUGCGACGCGCUGAAACCCCGGUUCCCGAUGAACCGUCGCCGCGCUACCUGAUUACAACCAUCGGAGAGGACGCCCGCAUCGAGGGGGUGCGCCUGGCGAGCCGAAUGCGCAACGGGGGUGUCGGUGCGAUUCUUGCGAACGGCGGCCGGGCGUUGCGGGGGCAAAUGCGGCAGGCCAACGCGCUGGGGAUAGCCUCCACAGUGAUCAUCGGCGAAGAUGAGGUCAGGGACGGAACGGUGGUGGUCCGGGACAUGCAGACCUCCAGCCAAGAGACGAUUCCCGUCGAGCAGUUCCUCCGGCAGGCAAACGGCGGAUAA